GGCAGGUAAGAAGAGAGAAGAAUCUACCCAGGCAAGAGAGGGGUUGGAAGGAGCCCGUCUUCCUAGAGAUAAAGGCUAUUUUGGAGUCUGACUCUGACCCAGAUUCUGAAGAAGACGAAGGAGAAGACAAGGUAUUUAGAUCCUCUUCCAGUUCAGCGGCUGAUUCGAACAUCGAACUUCUUUACAGUCACAUCCCAUCCUCCCUUCCCCUGAGCCCUAGGACCAGGCUCUUGUUCAAGAAAAAGAUGAGGUGAAGGAGAAGCUGGCGUGCUUUGAGCAUGUUUCUCAAACUUUGCUGGCAGAGCUGUCCACCCUGGAGGCAGAGUACGAAAUUGAGAAGUCAUGUCGGGAGCAGGCCGAAACCUAUGCGGCUCAGAUGAGCAGAGAGAACAAGAACCUGAAGCGGAUCAGCACCUCCCUCCUGCCUCUGCUCAGCCACCUCCCAGGGGAUCUCGUGAACCUGGGCAACGCGGAGGAGGCUCCCAGCGAAACGGCAGAAGACCUGGUGGGUCAAUAUCAGGAGCAAAUCAAAGACCUUCAAGCAAAGGUUUCCCGGCUGCUAGGUGAGAAGAAAGAACUGGCUCUGCAGGUGAAGGAGCUCCAGGAUCAGCUCCAGUGGCUCCAGGAUAAGCUAGACGAGGAGGCGGCUGAGAAGCAGUCCAUGCGGGUUUUGAUGGAGCAGCGCCAGAGGGCCUGGAAGAUGGUGAAACAAACCUCCCGCCUGGUCGCCCAGGAAAACCACCACAUGGCUCAGCAGCUGGAUCUGGAGAAGGAACUGAGACAAGAAGCAGAGACUUUUGCACACCUGAUGCUGGUGAAGCAGAAGGAGGCCAACCGCCAGAGUGUGAUCCUGAUGCAGAAUGUGGGGCCAGACGCCCAGCUGCUGCACGCCCUCGAGGAGGUGGCCGACGUGACUCGAGUGCUGGAAGGAGCCAAGAGGGAGCACCAGGCCCAGGUGAAGGACUUGGAGGCCCAGCUGGCACGACGGCCACAGCAGGAGGAGAUGCAGAAGCUGCAGCAGGCCCUGGCCCUGGCCGAGGCAGAGAAAGACUGCCUGGAAAAGCGACUGGUCCACAUGGAGGAGAGCAAGGCAGCUCUGGAAGAACGAGUGAGAUCCUUGGAAGAGGGAGCAAAGUUGACGAAUGCAGAUCCAUCUCCUGGAGCUUGCCCCACUGCGGAUCCUCCUCCACCUCCACCACCACCACCUCUUCCUCCUCCCCUAAUCUCUUCUGCCCCCAUGGACCCCCUCAUGGCCAUCAGACAGAGGAGGGCAGCGCGGCUGGUGAGACCCGAGGUCCCUCGAAAUGACGAUGUGAAAGCCAAAGCAGUGGAAGAAAUGAUGGCCCGGAUCAAAGGAGGGGUGGUGCUGCGGUCUGUGGGAAGGGACGCUGGGGACUCCUCCAGGCUGCCAUCCACUCCAGCGAGUAAGCGGAGAAGCACCGUCGUGGAGUUUCAGGUCCUCCUGAAUACUGUGAAGAAGCCCAGCAGGCGAUCAAGCCAGCGGAAGAGCCUCCGGAAGAAGCUCACGGAUGGCCAGCUGGAGUCCAUCCUGCAGAGACGGCGGCGGAUGGUGGACUGCCCGGCCGAGACCCCAAGCUCACAAAUGCAACCCACCACCACCACUGAAUGCACCUCAUCUGGAGGAGUGCCAAGGGCCAUGGCACAGGGAGUCUGCUCCUCUCCCAAGGAGCCCCCAAGCCCAGCAAAACCUAAGCAGGUGAUUCCCGAAAGCCUGGGUCCCCACCCCAAGGACAUGGAUUUUGCUUUCCGGCAGACAGCUGCUUCCCUUCGGAGCACCGAGAGGAUCUGUCCCAUUCUGGCAACCCCACGGCAGUAGAAGGAACCCAGCCUUUCUCUGAGGAAUAUGCCGCCCUUGCAAAGGCAAAAGGGGGAAAGACAAGCAUCGAUCCAGAGGUAGGACAUGUUUGGACUACAACCCCCAGAGUGCCCCUGCCUAGCCUCUCUGUGGGAUUCUGGGAACUGUAGUCCAAAGAACUUGUCCUUCCCAUCUCUGUGCAGAAUAAAAUCAAAGAAUGUUGACUUAUUCCAUUGUGUCUGAGACUGAACGCGCAGCAGCUUCAAAACUAAAAUCUAGUGUAAAAACAACUUAUUAGUGGAAGUUUGGCUGGCUGGGGUGA